GUGGCUGAUUGUCGUCCGUCCCCCCCACCUUCAUCCCACCAUGGCCUCUGCCGGGCGCAAAAAGUCCAUCGUCUCCACAGCUGGUCUUUCCGACAUUCCAAUAGCCAACAACACCCUCCUUAAUCAGGCCGCCUCCGAGUCCGUUUCCCUUUACCAGCGAUGCUCCGCACUCCGCGCCCGUCUCAUGCAGAUUCGCGGCUUCUCAAACUACUUCGCACUCGCCUCUCCCGAUAAUCGCCAAUCCACCGAUCCCGUUACUCAACUAUGGGACCUCUUCGCUCUUGGCAUAUCCCUUUGCUAUAUCUUCGAUCAACUCCCUGAGGAAGGCGGAUUCAACAAAAUCAACCACUCCGAGUUCAACCCAGAGCAGUAUGAGACGCAGCCGGACAGGGCACAGAAGCACGCUAUUGCCCUGUUUGCCAUGCAGAUUCGGACGGAAAAAGUGACGGAGAACAUCCCUGGUUGCGAGCUGUUUACAGUCACCGACCUCUGGAAGCGUGACUCCACAGACGGGCUAGUCAAGGUUGUAGAGACCGUCACUGCCAUCGUUAAACACCUUCCCCCCGAGGCGUUUGAGACGUCUCCUCCAUCACCCGCUUUCAUGUCCUCUGCCGACUCUUACGAAUCUUUCGGUUCCGAAUUCGCAAUGCCUGCUCCGCCUGCGAACGCCCAAGAAGCUGCUCGCAAUAACGUUGUGCGCGAGUUGGUCGAGACGGAGCGGAAGUAUGUACAAGACUUGGAGGUCAUGCAGAAAUAUGCGACGGCUCUAUCACAAAGCAAUCUCAUUGACCAAGACACCAUUCAUUUGCUAUUCCCUAAUUUGAACAAGCUUCUCAACUUCCAACGCAAAUUCCUCAUCCGAUUCGAGAGCAAUGCCGAGUUGCCGUGGAUCGACCAGCGGUGGGGACAACUCUUUGUCCAGGCUGAGGAAGAGUUCAGCGUCUACGAACCCUAUUGCGCAAACUACACAAACGCUUCUGAGCUCAUGCUUGCUAAUGAGCAGAACCUUUCUGCUCUCAACCAUUUGAUCAACAUCAGGGGCGAGCUCCCGGCCUUCCUUAUCAAGCCGAUUCAGCGCGUGUGCAAGUAUCCUCUGCUUUUCAAUGUAACGUUGUCCGCUGCACGCCGCUCGGUGACAAGUGCUGAUGGUUUCCAGGAAUUGAUCAAAGCCACGUCGCCUGCGGCUUACCCGUACUUUGAUGAGCUCAAGGAAGGCUCCGAGGCUGCGAAACGGAUCGCCGACAAGAUCAACGAAGCACAACGGCGAGCCGAGAACGAGCAGACUGUGAAAAAUCUGCAGAGUCGCGUUGACGACUGGAAAGGCCAUCACCUGGAGAACUUCGGCGAGCUUUUGCUCGAUGAUAUAUUUGUGGUUACCAAGUCUGACAUUGAUCGGGAGUAUCAUGUCUUUCUGUUCGAGAAGAUCAUCCUGUGCUGCAAGGAGGCCAUUGGUGCGCCUCCCAACGGCAAGAAGGUCUCGAAGAGCAACUCUAUCCUCAAGAAGGCCGGUGCUCCACCCUAUGCUCUGCCAGGCCAGUCUGUGAAACGAAACACGCCGCUGCUACUGAAGGGACGGAUUUUCCUGGGCAAUGUGACCCAGGCUGUGCCCGUCGCCGCGAGAAACUCGACUGUUGGGAUUCCGCUGCAGUAUCCACUGUCAGUCUGGUGGAAGGGCGACGAUGACCUCGAGUUCUUCACGCUCCGGUGUCGAAACGAGCCGCAGAUGCGACAAUGGGAGUCUGCGAUCAACCGACUGAUCAGGGAGUCGGCGCAGCGACGAGUGUCGGAGAGGAACAUGGCGAAGAUUGCCAACAGUACAAAUCCGCGACAGCCCGUUGGGUAUGUUCCGGGCGGGCCAGGUGGAUAUAUGCCAGGGCCAAAUUUUGCUCAGCGGCCGAGGGGAGAGAGCGUGUACCAGGCGGGCAACACGAUGAGCCAGUACGGUGGGCCGCAAGGCUAUCCGAUCGACGAGAACUACGGUUUUGAUCUGGACGACGACGACCUAGAGGAAUACCCUCCGUCAGCUUACGCAUCUGGGCGUGGGACACCGGUCGGAACGCGACGGAUGAACGCGCAGAGCAUGCCACCGGAACGAGAGUCGAUUCCGGGCUACGACCGUCCUCGAGCCAUGACUGAAGACACGAACGGGCCGGUGAUGGCGCAAUGGCGGACGAACGCGCCACCGCCAAUGAACCCAGCACAUGGGACCAGGGCCCCGCACGAGACCGCCUCUGCGAAGCCAGUUCAGUUCGACGAAGCUGAAUGGCGACUACCGGACCGGACUCCCGGCACAGCCAGCGCCGCCGCCGACCACUGCGCUGCCUCUGGCGCCGGUAAUGAACAGGUCCCGGAGUGCGAGCAACCGCAGGCCUAUGUGCCCAAGAGCGUGCCCCCGCCGAUGCCGACGCCACAGUGGAGAGGCCGGCGCGAGAGCGGAUCGAGUCAGUCAACAGGAGACAGCUCCGAGGAUUACUCGCCGCACAGCUCGUCGCCGAUCACUCCGUUCGAUUCGACCGAGUCCUCGCUCGGUGGCGUGGGAAUGCGGCCUGCUCCUCCCGUCAAGGUCAAGGUGCACUUCAACGAAGACAUUUUCGUCAUCCAGGUGCCGCGCAUCACCGAGUACGACGAUUUGGUGGAGAAGGUCGGUCGCAAGAUCCGGCUGUGUGGGCCAAGGCGGAUGGACGGGCCGCUCCGCGUCAAAUACAAGGACGAGGAUGGAGACAUGGUCUCCCUGGGCUCGACUGAGGACGUGCAGAUGGCAUUCGAGGCCUAUCGUCCCGGCGGUCAGGUGACCCUCUACGUGACUUGA